AUGGAAGCUUUGGAGAACUCAUUUGUGCAACUACUUACUGAUAGCGAUGAAGAAGCAGACAAUGAAGAUGUUUCGGGAGCUAAUGAUGGUUUGCUCGCCGAUGCCGUUGAAUCAAGUGAUGUUGAAGAUAGUGAAGGGAAGUCUGACGCUGUUAGCCGAUCACUACAACUUCGUCGGAAAAGGAAAGAAGCCCGGCGAGAGCCUGGCGAACCGACUGGUUUCAUCACAAAUUACUUGCCAAACUUCAUCCUCGGCGCUACGCAGGACUCCUUGGGUGGCGGAAAUGUACUUGAGCGGCCGGUCGUCAAAGUGGAGCACACCCUUUCUGACACCACUGGACUAACAUAG